AGUUUGUCCCAAAGAGGAUCGCGGUGAUGGGAAGUGCCCACUGAAGAAGGAGCGAAGAAUCCUUUGGGGUGGCAGGGCGGCGGCUUGGUUUCCAAGGGUGUCUGCUCAGCUCAGCGCCAGGAGCCCUUGCGACAGACAGGCUGGAAGGAAGAGGCCGCGGCCACCACAGGAUGCAAUGUCAGAAGGCAGCAGCUCCCAGGGCGGGGCAGGGCCGCGCGCAGCCGCCACCCCCGGCUUCCCUACCGCUGGUUCCAGGGCACAGAGACUCCCCGAGGUCAGCGAGCUCGAGCGUACGUGCGCCCGCUCACCCUGCCUCGGGGAAUCCCAGGGGUGCCAGGGGCCUCUGUGCCAGGGAAGAUGCCAGACCGCCUGCCUUCUCCGCCCCUUAGCCCGUUCCGAAAAUCCUUUAAACCAGGUCACAAUCCGGAUGCCCCAGUCCCGCCCCGCCUCCUCUCCUCCCCCGGGGCCGAGGCCGCCUCCAGGCCUGCUCCCUCCUCCGCCCCCACCCGGCCUUGGACCCUUAUUAGCAUGACCACUUGGGAGGACUCUCCUGGGGGGCAGGAGACACCAGAAGUCAUCCACCGGCUGUGCCUUCCCGGCGGCCCCCUUGGGCGGCAGCGUUCCGGGAGACCCACUCGUACAAGUGUUGCUUCCAAUUAAUUGCCUAGGCGGGGGAGGGAAGGGGGCCUGUCGCCGCCCCCGCCCGGAGGCUGGAGCGCCGCUCGUCGGGUCGUGCGUUCGCUCAGCGGCGGCGUGCACCAGCACCACCCCUGCGUGCAAGUUUGAAAUGUGAGCUGCCUCAGAUUCAUACUCGCUCGCGCUCCCUCGCAGCAAAGUGGCUGGGCUGACGGUCUGCGCGCGCGACCCUGCUGUCCUCCUGGUGCGAGGAGCUCGGCCGCCUGCUGCUGCUCCGACAUCAGAAGAGCCGCCAGAGCGAUCCCCCCGGGAAACUCCCCAUGCAGCCCCCCCUCAACUCCAUGAGCUCCAUGAAACCCACUCUGUCGCACAGUGAUGGGUCAUUCCCCUAUGACUCUGUCCCUUGGCAGCAGAACACCAACCAGCCUCCCGGCUCCCUCUCCGUGGUCACCACGGUUUGGGGAGUGACCAACACAUCCCAGAGCCAGGUCCUUGGGAACCCUAUGGCCAAUGCCAACAACCCCAUGAAUCCAGGCGGCAACCCCAUGGCGUCGGGCAUGACCACCAGCAACCCCGGCCUCAACUCCCCACAGUUUGCUGGGCAGCAGCAGCAGUUCUCGGCCAAGGCCGGCCCCACUCAGCCCUACAUCCAGCAGAGCAUGUACGGCCGGCCCAACUACCCCGGCAGCGGGGGCUUCGGGGCCAGUUACCCUGGGGGUCCAAAUGCCCCUGCAGGCAUGGGUGUCCCUCCACACACCAGGCCACCCGCUGACUUCACUCAGCCGGCAGCUGCCGCUGCAGCAGCCGCAGUGGCGGCAGCCGCGGCCACGGCCACGGCCACGGCCACGGCCACCGUGGCAGCCUUGCAAGAAACACAGAAUAAGGAUAUAAACCAGUACGGACCGGUCUGUUCCUCUUUCCAGAUGGGUCCCACCCAGGCGUAUAACAGCCAAUUCAUGAACCAGCCCGGGCCUCGGGGGCCUGCCUCCAUGGGGGGCAGCAUGAACCCCGCAAGCAUGGCGGCUGGCAUGACACCCUCGGGGAUGAGCGGCCCUCCCAUGGGCAUGAACCAGCCCCGGCCACCUGGCAUCAACCCCUUUGGCACACACGGGCAGCGGAUGCCCCAGCAGACGUACCCAGGCCCCCGGCCCCAGUCCCUUCCCAUUCAGAGCAUAAAGAGGCCAUACCCUGGAGAGCCUAACUAUGGAAACCAGCAAUAUGGACCAAACAGCCAGUUCCCCACCCAGCCAGGCCAGUACCCUACCCCCAACCCCCCGCGGCCGCUCACGUCUCCCAACUACCCCGGGCAGCGGAUGCCCAGCCAGCCGAGCACUGGGCAGUACCCGCCCCCCACGGUCAACAUGGGGCAGUAUUAUAAGCCAGAGCAGUUUAAUGGACAAAAUAACACCUUCUCUGGAAGCAGCUACAGCAACUACAGCCAAGGGAACGUCAAUAGGCCUCCCAGGCCAGUUCCUGUGGCAAACUACCCCCACUCACCUGUUCCAGGGAACCCCACACCCCCCAUGACCCCCGGAAGCAGCAUCCCCCCAUACCUGUCGCCCAGCCAAGACGUUAAGCCACCCUUCCCGCCUGACAUAAAGCCAAAUAUGAGCGCUCUGCCGCCGCCCCCAGCCAACCACAAUGACGAGCUGCGGCUCACGUUCCCCGUGCGGGACGGCGUGGUGCUGGAGCCCUUCCGCCUGGAGCACAACCUGGCCGUCAGCAACCACGUCUUUCACCUGCGGCCCACGGUCCAUCAGACGCUGAUGUGGAGGUCUGACCUGGAGCUGCAGUUCAAGUGCUACCACCAUGAGGACCGGCAGAUGAACACCAACUGGCCGGCCUCGGUGCAGGUCAGCGUGAACGCCACGCCCCUCACCAUCGAGCGCGGGGACAACAAGACAUCCCACAAGCCGUUGCAUCUCAAGCACGUGUGCCAGCCAGGCCGCAACACCAUCCAGAUCACCGUCACCGCCUGCUGCUGCUCCCACCUCUUUGUGCUGCAGCUGGUCCACCGGCCCUCUGUGCGCUCCGUGCUGCAAGGCCUGCUCAAGAAGCGACUCCUGCCUGCAGAGCAUUGUAUCACGAAAAUCAAGCGGAAUUUCAGCAGUGUGGCGGCCUCAUCGGGCAACACGACCCUCAAUGGGGAGGAUGGCGUGGAGCAGACAGCCAUCAAGGUGUCUCUGAAGUGCCCCAUCACGUUCCGGCGCAUCCAGCUGCCUGCUCGAGGCCAUGAUUGCAAGCAUGUCCAGUGCUUUGAUUUGGAGUCAUACCUGCAGCUGAACUGCGAGAGAGGGACCUGGAGGUGUCCUGUGUGCAAUAAAACCGCUCUGCUGGAGGGCCUGGAAGUGGAUCAGUACAUGUGGGGCAUCCUGAAUGCCAUCCAACACUCCGAGUUUGAAGAGGUCACCAUCGACCCCACGUGCAGCUGGAGGCCAGUGCCCAUCAAGUCGGACCUACACAUUAAAGAUGACCCUGAUGGCAUCCCCUCCAAGAGGUUCAAGACCAUGAGUCCCAGCCAGAUGAUCAUGCCCAAUGUCAUGGACAUGAUCGCCGCCCUGGGCCCUGGCCCAUCCCCUUAUCCACUCCCGCCUCCACCUGGGAGCACCAACUCCAAUGACUACAGCAGCCAAGGAAACAACUACCAAGGCCAUGGCAACUUUGACUUCCCCCACGGGAACCCCGGCGGGACGUCCAUGAAUGACUUCAUGCACGGGCCCCCCCAGCUCUCCCACCCCCCGGACAUGCCCAACAACAUGGCCACCCUCGAGAAGCCCCUCAGUCACCCCAUGCAGGAGACUAUGCCACACGCUGGCAGUUCUGACCAGCCCCAUCCCUCCAUACAACAAGGUUUGCACGUCCCACACCCCAGCAGCCAGUCAGGGCCUCCAUUACAUCACAGUGGGGCUCCUCCUCCUCCUUCCCAGCCUCCCCGGCAACCGCCACAGGCCGCUCCCGGCAACCAUCCACACAGCGACCUGACCUUUAACCCCUCCUCAGCCUUAGAGGGUCAGGCCGGAGCGCAGGGAGCAUCUGACAUGCCGGAGCCUUCGCUGGAUCUCCUUCCAGAACUCACAAACCCCGACGAGCUCCUCUCGUACCUGGAUCCCCCCGACCUGCCGAGCAAUAGUAACGAUGACCUCCUGUCUCUCUUUGAGAACAACUGAAGCCCACCCCUGCAUCGGGGCCACCCCUCCCCACUCGGCCUCCUUCCCCGUCUGCCCCACACACUUCCCUGCUGGGAGCCCGAGCCCUCGGACCGCCCCUUCUGCGGCCUUCAGAGCCAAGGGGCAGGAGGGUGCGCUGUGAAGGCGGUGCGGGUCUGGAGCCCACGCCCAGAGCAGGCCCUGAAGAUGACCCUCGAGAUGGGGCAACAGCCCAGGGAGGGGGCACACGCUGAUGGCGGCUUCCAGACGACCCUCCAGUGCCCCCCAGAUUCUUCCAGUUUGUAAACUGUAACCCAGCUUCCCUGCUUCCUGGCCCAGAGCCAUCUCCAAGUGACUGUGACCCUGAGAGAGAGCCCCCCAGACCCCAGCGGCCCCAAGCCUUGGAGGAGCAGCGGCGGUCAGCAGCAGUGAGAACGGCCUGCCCACCACCACCACCACCACCACCACCCACAGAAAAGCACAAACCUCUGGGCAAGAGAACUCUCAGGGGCCAAGGUUAUCGCUUUGACCCCAGACCUCUUAAGCCAGGAUACCCUAUGAACAGUCUCAGAAAGCAGAGAAAAAAGACAAGAUUCGGUGUUUGGGAGAGGGAGAGCCAUUCACCCUCUUGCUCGGGGAUGGGUGGAAAAAGGGAGUCAGGGCCUCUCAAAGCCAGGAUGGCCCUAGAACCACUGACUCAGGCCAGGGCCCAGCCUUGGGGGGACGGGGGUGCAGAGAAAGAACCCAGCUGAAAUUAUUGUGCCCGUAGUUGGAGGGAGGGGGGCCACCAGUCAAAGUUGGAGUCCAAUAGAAUCAGCAACUUACAGUUUUGCUCCAAGCCUCUCCUUUUUUUUAAACGACCGCAACAAAGCUACGAAGUCACUUGGAGAAGAGGAACAUUGGACUUGGACAGCAAGCGAACCAUUUCUCCCCAUGUGUUCUGCUUCCUUCCUCUGCUCCCCCCCCCAACCCCUCUGAGACUGUUACGUGGGACACCCACGUCCCUCUGUCCCAGUGCCCGUGUCCGCCCGGACAGCAGGGUGGGUGGUGGAAAGGCAGGGCAUGCAAGGGCUCAGCAGCAGGAACCCCGGGCGUCGCUCCCUCUCCGGCUCCUCUGUCUGUCUGGUCUGUGCUCCAGGCUGCCCCGGGCUCCAGCCCAGCCCAUCGCCGUGUGUGUGCCAGGAUCAAGCAUCGCAUGGUGUUUCUGUGGCUGUCUCAGCCCCAGCUCUUGGCCGCCAGCCUCUCCCUCGCUUCGUGUCCCUCUGCUCUUGCAAGCUCACCCCACACUCCUGCUCCAGCAGAAGCAGCCUCUGGUCUACCCUCCGUGCUUUGCUCCGUCCCGCCAACCGCUCGCUCUCACAGUGCCCCGGGUAGCUUUCUGUGCAUCCGUUUUGUUCCAGGCUCCCCUGUGCUCCCCGAGCCACGUGGGCUGUGAUGUUGGGCGGUUGGGUCGCUUGGAUCUCCUCUGUAAAUUUGUCGUGCCCCUCCCCUGCUGCUGCCCGGGACCUUCACUCGCUCCCCCGUUCACUGUCUGUUUUCAGUCUCUGUCUCCCCCUCUGUUGGCCGGGGGACACCCAGCACUCCUCUGGAUUUGACCGGAACGUUGGCCCCGGCUGUUGACUUCCGGUCACUGAACCAGACGGCCCGGCACAAAGUUUUCUGUAGGAAAGCUGCCAUCGUCCCUCCCCCACCCCUUUCCUUUGUCCCGUUGUUGAGGUUUUUUCAAACAGCGUGGUGUUCCGUAUGCAAAUCAAUUAUUUUAAGAAUUGCUUUUGUAAAUAUCUUUGUGAAUAUUUUAGUAUUGUCUUUGAUAAUAUUCAACAUUUUCAUGACCUGGUUAUAGCCUUUGCUGGUGUUUUUAAAAUACCUUGACUCAACGACAAAGACCGAGUCCCUUUUUUAAAAAAAAAAAAACAACAAACAAAAACAAAAAAGCAACCAGGGCCAUUUGUACAGAUGAAGGGAUGAAAAGCAUGGGUGGCUGUACCGUGAGUUAGACGAAGACCAGGCUACCCACUGUUGGGAGCCAUCCCCAGUUGGCUGGUGGGGACACAUGCGGCCAUCUCCGACCAGUGACCCUUAGCCCCAGCUGUGUCAGGCCAUCUGGGGAUGCCCCGCCCCAGACAGACCUAUAGAUGCCUUCCUUAGAAUUUCCCGCUUCCUGCCUUGCAAGACUGUCUCAAAAAGGCCUGGGUGUGUUCUUGUUAUCAGGGUGUCCCCACUCUGCUCACCAACUUACCCACAGCUUUCUAGCACAGAGGGUCUAUCUACUGCCCACAACCCAGGCUCUGGGCACCUCCCUCAUCCGUCUCUGAGUAAGCCGUGGGCUCAGCACCCUGAGGUGGAUUUCCUGGGUCCCCUCUCAAGCAAGCCUCCACCAGCAAGUUCAGCAAAGAGCUUUCCAGACCUGCGGUGCCUGCAUCCUGCACUCUGGGCACGUACUCUUCCAGAGCGAUUUUGGAGCCGGGUUGGUGGGGUGGGGGUAGGAGGGUAGGCAUCAAGGUGUCUGGGGCUGGAACGAGCCCUAGUUGGUGACACAUUCAGGUGACGACGGCUUCCCCAAGCAAGAGCGGUUCUGAACUCCGGGGAGAUGCUUCCCUGACUCUUUUGGAUGACUACUUGGAGCCAUACAUAACCUCAGCAAAAAUGAUGCCUCAGCAAGCCACUUCUCCAUGACAAGCGUCCACCCAGGCCACAGGCACGGUGCUGUCUCCACUCCACGGAAUGGACAGGCGCCAGCAGGCGGCGGGAAGGCCCAGUACAAGCAAUCACCCAUCUUCUUGGUUUGAAGCUUUACCCAUGGAUCAUAUUCCUGUAGCCAUUUUUAUUUUUUAAGGAACUAAUACUUUCUCCCUAAUGGAAGCCCUGAGCCCCCAGAGAGCUCCACGCCUGCUCCCUCGGCCUCACCCAACCAGACAGGGCGACGCGGGCAGCAGCCACUCAAGGGACAUGUGUACAUAUGUAAAUGAGAAAUAGAGACAUGUUAACAGAUGCAUUCAUUUCCCUCGGAAUGUGUAUUGUUUUUAUUUUACGGAACAAAACAAAAAGGCUUGGAACUCCAUCUUAAUGUGGGAAAAAAAAACUAGAUCCUGUCUGUUAGCGUCUGUGAGGUCUCUCUCCGCAUCUGUCUCAUCAUGUAAUAUACUCUGACUCUGUGUGGAAAGGAAUUUUUUUGUUCCGUUUUUGUUUUUAUUUUACCUACAUGUACUAUUUAGCUUCAGUGUACUAGUCCCGCCACCUGUGUGUUUUUAGGGUGCUAUGGAAAUAAUGAAAAGAAACGGGGAUUUCAGAAGAAAAUUGUAACCAAAUUCAUCCUUUGUAUAAUUUUUGAUAUCAUGAUCGCAGGUGAUUGACACACACACAUGAACACACACCCACCGUGCAGCCUGAAGUAACCCCCACAGCGACGUCAUCGUCUUUGUACAUCUCUGUACAAUGCAAUCAUUUCAUACUUUAAACUGGUCAGAAAACUAAUUGUGAUUUCUAGUCUUGCAAAACUGUAUGUAGUUAGAUGAUGUGACAGCCUCUAAUAUUUAUCUAAUAAAUAUGUAUUCAGAUGAAACCUGUAUAUUAGGUGUUCAUGUGGUUAUUUUGUAUUUAAAGAUCAAAUUAUUUGACUAUUGCUAGACAUUUCUAUACUCUGUUGUAACACUGAGGUAUCUCAUUUGCCCAUGUUAAUUUUUUUUCUAAAUAAAUGGACAAAAACGAA